ACUUCAGUCGCUCAAAGACUUCAGUGUCAACUCUCUGUGAGACUCCGUAGCUGUCAGGUGAGUGAGUUGAGCUUCACUAACACAGGAAAUCAAGAAAAUAAUUCACAUAUUAGACUGUUGGACGUUUUACAGCGACCUCUCCCGUUUUCCAAGCCAGAGCUCCUGCCGGAGCCUUCUCCAGAAUGUUCUCUUUGAGGAACGUGUCUUAUAGGUAACACUCAAUUACAGUGGACUGUACCCUGGAGAUGUUCACUUGGGCCUUGUUGCUGACAGCAUGCAUAUGGAUACAAACACAAACUGCCUCAGGACAGCACACAUGUGCUUCUGCUCCACCCACUCUGGUGGAUUUCACUGUAAAAUACUCCCUCCCCCACUUCAAAACAGACAAAUCUAUACAGAACAUAGCAGUGAACUGGGAUUCGGAACAGCCAGAGGUGUAUGUUGCAUGCCAGAAUGUGAUAGAGGCUAUCAACGAUGCUAUGGAAAAAAUAUGGGAGGUGAAAACUGGACCUGUUGGCAGUCCUGACUGUGAAACCUGUCAAGUGUGUGACAUAGAAGCAGAUCCUGGGGACCCAGUGGAUACAGACAAUGAGGUUCUGCUUUUGGAUCCUGCUGGAUCUCUCUUUCCCUACUUGUACAUUUGUGGGAGCACUCAGCAUGGAAUCUGUUACUAUAUUGACAUUAGCUUACAACAGCCUAAACCUCAGUGUUUAUACCAAAAAAAACAAAACUCUCCGACCUACUGUCCAGACUGUCUGGCCAGCCCACUUGGCACCAAGGUCACCAUUGUUGAACACGCAGCUACAUCACUCUUCUUUGUGGCAUCCUCUGUCAAUGACAGAGUGACACAGAGAUAUCCAAGAAGGUCAAUAUCAGUGCUGAGGCCACUUGCAACUGAAGAUGGCUUUCAUAUGGUCAUGAAUGGCUUGACAGUGCUCCCCAGUUUACGGGACUCUUACAAGAUUGAUUACAUCUACAGCUUCUCGACCAAGGACCAUGUCUACUUUCUGUCCCUGCAGAGAGAAAAUCCAUCAAAACCCAAGUCCGCAUUUCAAACUCGUCUGGGACGACUUCCGAUAUCAAUUCCAGAGGUGUGGAUGUACAGAGAGGUGGUGCUGGAGUGCCGGUACGACCCAAAGCGCAGGAGGAGACGGAGAGAAUUUUUGAGGAAUAUUGUGUAUAAUGGGCUACAGGCAGCACACUUUGGGCGAGCAGGGAAGGACUUAGCAGACGAGCUGAGGGUGGCCGAGACAGAAGAUAUUCUGUACGGGGUGUUUGCAGAGGUGAAUGAGCAUGGUCAGCCUAAAAAAAACUCCGCCCUGUGUGCCUUCCCUUUGAGUAAAGUAAAUCAAGCAAUUGAAGAAGGCGUGGAGGCCUGCUGCAAGUCAGGUUCAGAGCAGCUGUCUAGAGGUCUCUGUCACUUCCAGCCAUGCGAGAGCUGCCCACAUGAAAGCUCUGAAGGUAAUGACACAUGUAGUGCCAGACCCACUCUGGUGUCAGUGCCGUUCCACAGACUGGACCUCUUCAACAGGCAGAUGAGAGAUGUCCUUUUCACUGCUGUCCUGGUCACCACUAUUGGGAAUCACACCCUGGGCCACUUUGGUACCUCAGAUGGACGGAUACUGCAGGUGAUUCUUAGUCAGUACAGGCCUAUUGUUUUUGCCAACUACUCUCUGGAAGGGGCCGAAGUGUCCAGGACAGCAGCUGUGUACUCAGCAGAUUCACUUCUCUUCGUAGCUGGAAAUAAGAUGUUUAGGGUGCCCUCUGCAGGACCAGGAUGUGCACAUUUUAUGACGUGUUCCAUGUGUUUGAGGGCUCCACGCUUCAUGAACUGUAGUUGGUGUUCGGGAAAAUGCUCGAGGCAGCGUGACUGUGCUUCACAGGGGAGCAAAGACUCCUGCGCACCGGUCAUAACAGAGUUUUCCCCCAAAAUGGCACCCGCUGGUGGUGAGACAGAAGUGACGCUGUGCGGCUGGGAGUUUCAGUCUCCUCUGCGACCUGCCAUCAUCAGCGGCAAAACCCACAUCAUCACAGUGGGCUCUGGGACCCCGUGUACUGUCCUGCCUGAAAAGAGCAGUAGUGAUGUGCUAGUAUGCAAGAUUCAGAAAACACCUAAACCGAACCAGAACCUCACCAUCACUCUGGAAGUGCACGAGGGGGAAGUGGAGGGCCGCUACUCAAUAGAAGGCACAGCUCAGAUUCCUGGCUUCUCUUUCGUGGAGCCUAGCAUAACAGAAAUCCGGCCUGACUAUGGACCUGUGUUUGGAGGAACAUCAGUUACUCUGACAGGCAGAUAUCUGAAUUCUGGGAUACAGAGAGAAGUCUUCUUUGCUGACAAAAAGUGCAACAUUCAGAGUACUUCUGAUGGAAAUGGGACUGUGUCUUCAGUCGUGUGCCACACAGCAGCUGCAACAGGUGUUGGGAAAGUACCUGUGAAAGUCAUCAUUGACAGAUUUGAAGUGAAUACCUCUAAGAUGUUCUUCUACAAGAAAAACCCAGCUAUAACCUCUGUACAACCUGGUUGCAGCAUCCAAAGUGGAUCCAAGCUGGUGAUAGAAGGUCAGAAUCUUGACUCUGCACACAAAACUGUGAUUCAGUACACCUCCAAAAAUUCGUACCUGCAGUCUCUUCAACAAGUCUGCACUGGCACAGCAAAUGCCACACAUAUGGAGUGCUCGGCCCCUGCUUUUCCUGAGGAAAUGCCAGAGGAAAAGUCUGACACAGGAGAGAUUUUUAUUCACAUGGAUGGAAAAAGUAACCUCUGGAAGAGACGGUUUGACUACUACCCCGAUGUCAAAGUCAUUCCCUUUGAAAAUGAUGACAAUCUGUUACUUCUAAAACCAGGAGAGACAGAAGUUUCACUGCAUCACAGCAAACUGAAUACGGUGAACUCAUGCAUGAAGAUCGUAAUGACCAUCGGGGGCGUGAACUGUAACGCCCAGGUUCUGUUAAAUGAGCUGACCUGCAGGAUUCCUAAAGGCCUGAUUAUUCCCAGCGAGGGAUUACCUGUCAGGGUGUCCGUGAAUGAAAAAAUUUAUGACGUGGGUACAGUAGUGAACGAUGAGAGCAACAACAACACUGUGAUUGCAGGCAUUGUGCUGGGCAUCCUUGCUGCAUUGGUAGUGGGUGCUGGCCUUGCAUUAGUUGUAAUGAUCCAUCUGAGGAAGAAAAAGAGAGCCAACAUAGAGAAUCGUUUAUCAACAAUGCUGUCACGGAACCGCAUGGGCAGCAACGCCGAUUUCUCCCCAACAGGUGACUACAGGCGAGUCGAUCUGGCCAGUCAAACAUCAGGUUCAGGAGCAAUGACCUUCCAAGGUUUAUUGUAUGCUGCCAGUUAUGAUCAUCUGUCCAUUCCUUUAAUGCCACGGGACAAUAUCAGCCUAAGUUCUGAUCUUCUUGAAGAGGUCAAAGAUGUCCUGAUCCCUGCGGAGAUGCUCCGAAUUGAGGAAAGUCAGAUUAUUGGCAAAGGGCACUUCGGGACAGUCUAUCAUGGAUACCUUAUAGACAGCAACAAGCAAGAGACCCACUGUGCUGUCAAAUCAUUAAACAGGAUCACAGAUUUGGGGGAGGUGGACCAGUUCCUCAGAGAGGGCAUAAUCAUGAAAGGAUUCCACCACCCUAACAUACUGUCUCUGCUGGGCAUAAUGCUGCCUAAAGAAGGGCUCCCUCUGGUGGUUUUACCGUACAUGAAGCAUGGGGAUGUGCGUCAUUUCAUCCGCUCAGAGAAAAGGAACCCAACAGUGAAAGACCUGAUUGGCUUUGGGCUUCAGGUCGCCAAGGGGAUGGAGUAUUUAGCCCAGAAAAAGUUUGUCCACAGAGACCUGGCUGCACGUAACUGCAUGUUGGAUGAAACCUUCACAGCAAAGGUUGCUGACUUCGGCAUGGCGAGGGACAUCUACGACAAGGAGUACUACAGCAUUCAAGAUCACAAACGGGUAAAGCUGCCGGUGAAGUGGAUGGCCAUCGAAAGUCUGCAAACACAAAAGUUCACCACCAAGUCUGACGUGUGGUCAUAUGGCAUCUUACUGUGGGAGCUGCUGACCAGAGGUGCUAGCCCAUAUCCAGAUGUAGACCCCUACGACAUCACACACUACUUGCUGAAGGGACGUCGGCUUCCCCAGCCACAGUUUUGUCCUGAUACGCUCUACUCCAUCAUGCUGACAUGUUGGGACCCGGAGCCUGAGUGCAGACCUAGCUUCAGUAGCCUGGUUACAGAUGUACAACACAUCUUGUUCUGUCUGGAAGGAGAGCACUACAUCAGUCUGAAGGUUACUUACGUCAACUUAGACCAGCCGAGGCCUUACCCAUCCCUGACUGGAUCUGCAGAUGAGGCAGAGGCCUCAGACUUGGACACAGGCAGUCAUUCUGCAAGCUGACGAUGCAAAGCACAUUCCUGUGGAUUUAAGUUGGGAAGCAUGCAAGAAAAGGGACAACUCAGCCUGAAUCCAUUUAUGCAUCAAAUGACUUGUUGAUCAUGUUUACAAACCUGAGCACAUGGAAGGUUUGGCUACUGAUUUAAAAGACACUAUAGGUACUAUAAACUCUUACUGGAGCUGAGACAAAUUCACAAUGGAAGUUCCCCAUCCAUGUCAAUACAUUUUAUUUGUAGCAAAAUAGAGACAUCGUGUGGAUGGAAGUAAAUGUUUUUUUUUCUUCCAUCAUCUGAAGCACAAGUGUGAAUGAGACAAAUUGAAUGUAAAAUGUGCUUUUGUUCUUAGAUUUGUAGAAUAGGAUGUGGGGUUACAUAAAACUAUGUGCUGUUAUAUAAAUACAUGUCUCUCUACCAGACUGUUAGACAGGGGGUCUAUAAAUGCUGACAUGUGCUCAGGGGUCAAUAUUUUUUUUCACACAUAUUUUGACACAAUUCUAUUGCGCUAUGGGAGAUUAUAUUCCGUUCAUGUAGGCUGUAGAAUGUUAACUUAAUACGAGUGGCCGUGUACAUGUGAAAUAAUCGUUCUGGAUGCAGAAAAACUCUGUCUACUCAGAUUGAGAGCCUUUGUCAAAAGCUCUGCACCCACUGAAUUAUACAGUGAGCUUUCGGUGCUGUUCGGAUAUCAACUGAGGCUUCACAUCUAGUACCUGUCACCAUCACUAGAGGGCAACCAAUGCCUCCUUCUAAAGCAUAGUUCAGGUGCUGCUGCAGUGAUGCUCAGCACUACAGCAGACAUCUCAACACAAAGGUGUUACACAAACCGCAUCAAAUGAUUAUCUGAACCUCAGAACAAACUCAAUCUUUCAACUUAAUCAGCAUAGCAUAGUAUUCUGUCCAUACUUGACAAUUUGGGGAGAUUCCUUGUUUCCUGCAUGUGAUAUAAAUGAUCUCCAUUCAUGCACUGAUGGUGUUUUUUUGUUUUUUUUCCCAUUUUUAAUAUGGUUUAACCCAAAAAAAUACAAAAUAAAAAAGGUUUAUGCUUAACAACAA